AUCGGAGUUUUUGACAUUUGUCAGAUUCGAAGUUUGUAGAAUUGCAAUUUUCGCAAAUUUUCUCGGAGAAAAUGGGCUUACAACAAACAAUUUACAAUACCAUUUUCAAGAGAACUUCCACCAUGGCUCUGGCGUGCGUGAUUUCGGCGUUUUUCUUCGAAAGAUCCUUCGACCUAGGCAGCGACUUGGUUUUUGAGAAGAUCAAUGAAGGCAAACUAUGGAAACAGAUCAAGGACAAAUACCAGUAAAAUAAUGCAUUCAGAUAGUGUAAUUUGUAUUUAUUGUAAAUAAAACCUUUAAAAAACA